AUGGAAAUGAAGGAGAUCGUUGAAAAAUACGAGAGUGGAGUCCAUAUGGCCGAGUUGGAAAGACUUUGGAGUAAUCGAAUAGAUGGGCUGAUAGUGAGUAACACAACAGUAACCAGACCACUGUGGCUGGAGAGUGCUGAGAGACAAGAAGUGGGAGGCCUCAGUGGCCAGCCCCUCAAGUCGCUGGCCACACACACAGUCACAGACAUGUAUCGCCUCACACGAGUGUAUGUUAAGCUUGCAAAUUACCCACAACAGGAUUAUACCUAUCAUUGUGUGGGUGGUGUUGCAAGUGGCCAAGAUGCCUAUGAAAAAAUCUGUGCUGGAGCCAGCCUCGUCCAGGUUUACACCGGUCUUGUCUACCAUGGUCCACUUCUAGUACAUCGAAUCACUAAUGAACUUGAAGAUCUUUUGAGGGUGACCGGCAGUUGGCAAUGUUUCCACAUGCAGUUCAAUUUCUGUCAACUUCAUGCCUCCAUAUCUCGACUCCAUGGAUUCAGCACAGUUACUGAAGCAGUUGGAGUUGACUGCAAACAGUAAUUUUUUUUUACAUUUAGUUUGCAUAUAUUGUAUAUUAUAUGAUAAUAGUGUUAUCAUAUAACUUAUUACUUACAGUGAUUAGGAAUAAUAAUACCAGCUUUACUACAGUCGGCUGUUUCUAAGCUCUUCUAUAUAGUGUGAUUUUGAAUCACCUUUAUAAAAAAAUGUACAGUACAUCCCAAAUUAAAUAGCACAUGAAAAGGCCUUCACAAUAUGCCCUAUUCAAUUUUGGAUGCACUUUUUCAAUUGCAUUUACAAAAAAAUCACACUACCUAGAGGAGUUUUAUAACAGCUACUACACAGAUGUAUGUUUUCCGUAUUUUUGUUAUGUUUUAAGGUGAAUAUUGUACAUAAAAUUUCCUAAAUCAUAUGACAGUCAAUAAUCAGUAUAUUUUACAUUUCAUGUACAGUAUUAUUUAUGUUGAUAAAUGUAUGCAGAAAUUAAUAUACUGUAUUCUUAGAAAAUAA